AUGGAGCAACAACACCAAGAACUGGCAUCGCAUCUUUCAUCUGCAGGCCGUCUGUGUUUUCCGGGGUCGGCUGAUUUUGAGAAGGCGAAUCUGAGAUUCACGGAUUAUGAGCGACCGACGUACAGUGUUGCGGUCCUUCCCGGCUGCGAGGCGGACAUUGCAGAGGCCGUCAAGUAUGCAGCCAAACACAACAUUCCUCUCGCGCCGCGAGCCGGCCACCACUGCGUGACUUCAACGAUGCGACAUCUUCAGGAUGGCAUGUUAAUCGACCUCCGAUCUCUGAACCAGAUGAGCUUUGACGAGGAGUCCCGGACGGUUACAGCCGCUGGCGGCGUCCUCACGGACGACUUUGUCAAAUUUCUGCACAAGCAUCAGAUGGAAGUCAACGUUGGUUCCUGCCCAACCACAGGCAUAAUGGGCGUCGCUCUCGGCGCAGGCCUGGGCCGUCUCCAGGGGAAAUACGGGUUUCUACACGACAACAUGAUCUCGGUGCGCAUGAUUCUGGCGGACGGCUCGAUAAUCACUGCUUCAGAGGAGCUCAACCCAGACCUGUUCUGGGCGAUCAGGGGCGCCGGGCACAAUUUUGGAAUUGCAGUCGAGGCGACAUUCCGCGUCCACCCACAGGCAAAUUGUGGGGUUCAUUAUACGUGGGAUCUGGAGUACGAGUUGGAGCAGUGCGAUGAAGUCUUUGGGCUGCUCAAUGAGGUGACGGAUAUCAUGCCGGCUGACCUGGCUAUUUUUGUGCUUUGGAUGAGGCAGAGCACGCCCGAGAAGCAGCAUACUAUACUCGUCAACCUAGUCUGGUCCGGAGCAGAAGCCCUUGCAGAUCCAUGGAUCGCUAAAUUCGAGGCCAUCAAUCCCGCAAUCCACUCUGGAAAAAUCACCACGACCUGGGACGAGCUCCCCUGGAAGACGUACAAGGGCUACAACCGCUUCCUGAGCAUGCCAGAAGUGUGGAGCGCUGCGCCGUACAAGAUGAUGAGCGCUGCGUGCGUGCGUCGCUUCGAUCUGGCCACCACACGCGAGUUCUUCAAGUCGGUCAAGGAGAUGAACCUCCAGUGGGUGGGCAAGGGGACUUUUGGGGCCAUGUUUGAAUGUCUGCCACACCACAGGGUCAGGGAGAUUGCCGACGACGCUACUGCGUUUCCGUGGCGGCAGUCUUCGGACCAUUUCUUAAUGAUGAUGGCCACCCCAUUCAAGCUCGAGGAUCGCAAGGCCUUCGAAGCGCACCUGGACAUGUGGAAGAAGAGGUUCGUGGAGACGUCUGGAUAUGGAGAGCUCCAUCAGUAUGUCAACUACGGAAACACUACGUCCACAAUGCGGGACCCGCCUGGAGCGUUGUACGGUUAUGAGUCGUGGAGGCUAGAGAAGCUGCGGGGGCUGAAGGUGCGGUACGACCCUGGCAAUUUCUUCAGGUGGUAUCAGCCCAUAAUUGAUGGGGACGAGGUGGAGGGUAGGUAG